AAUUAAUGCAGAAGCAGGGUGAUUGCAUUGUUUUAUCUAGUUUUACAUACGCAGAUGAUAAGGCAGUAUAUUCUGUUUUGCAUGGCAUUGUCCUCCCUAGUCUGUUGCUUUAGCACACCUUUUUCCUUGGAUUCAGCAGUAUUAUAAAGUGGUUUGUGCAAGAUGCCUGAAGGCCCAGACCUUCAUUUAGCUAGCUGCUACAUUAACAAAGUCUGCAGUGGUGUGGUGUUUUCAGGGGCUGUUGUAAAGUCUGAAGUGAGCAAAAAUCCUGAAGUGCCUUUUGCUUCUGAAGCAUACACAAUCUGUUCUGAAUCCCGAGGGAAGGAAAUAAAACUGACCUUAAGCCCAAUCAAAGAGGAGAAAGUUAAAGAAAAUGUGAAACGAGGGAAGCAACAAAAUACAAUGGCAUCUAAUGCUUUGACUCUAGUUUUUCGUUUUGGUAUGUCUGGGCAUUUCAGGAUGACAUCUGAAGAUGAGAUACCUAAGCAUGCUCACCUGAGGUUCUAUACCAAGGAGAAACCACGGAGAGUUCUAAGCUUUGUGGAUAUCAGGAGAUUUGGCAGUUGGGAAGUGAACGGAUCAUGGCAGCCUGAUAGAGGUCCCUGUGUAAUGUUUGAAUACGAACAGUUCAGGGCAAAUGUGCUGAACAAUUUGUCCAACAAGGCAUUUGAAAAACCCAUCUGUGAAGUUUUAUUAAACCAGAAGUACUUUAAUGGGAUUGGAAACUACCUACGUGCAGAAAUACUUUUCAGGUUGAAGAUCCCCCCAUUUACACAAGGAAGGGCAGCAAUAGAGUUGAGUGUUAAAAGCCAAGAGAACUCUGAACAUAGUUUGAGUAAAAAAGUAAAGGUAAAGAUGGAAAAUCCGGACAUUCUGGAACUUUGCCACUCUGUGCCAUUGGAGGUCGUUAACUUUGCUGGAGAUUACUAUGAAAGAGAACCCUUGGAAUAUUAUUCUGUCUUUUCAAAAUGGUUACAGUGCUAUUAUGUGGCAGGAAUGAAGACACUCCGUGACAGCAAUGGCAGAACCAUUUGGUUUCAGGGGGAAGCUGGCCCCAUGGCACCAAAAGGAGCAAAAGUUCCAAAAAGAAAGUACUUGAUACAGAAACAAGAGACUGAAGAAAAUGAUGCAAAGUCUUUGGUUGUAAAGCCCAAAAUAAAGAAGACAAAGAAAAGUUUGGUGCAAGCUAGCCCACAGAAGAGUACAAAGACUGUUGUGGUGAAGAAAAAGAAGCAAAGCAAAGAACUGCCUUCAGUUAGAACUGGGCAAAGCGUGGAAGAAACCAUAAGUGCUCAAAGGGGAAGGAAAAGAGUGGUGUCCCAUGACUCCGCAGUAAAGAAACAGCAAACUCCAACAAGAAAGCAGAAAGUGGUUAAAGAAGAAGUUAAGCCAAAAAUACCAAGAACUGUAGACCCCAUGCGGAGAACUCGAAACUCAAAGGCAAAAUGAACACUUCUGAACACUGUUGAUUCUGCUCUCAAGUGAUACAACUGGGACAAAAUCUGAGGAGCAGUUCACCAUUCUCAUUUUUAAACUGUAUUUUUAUGUGGAAUAUAGUUGACAGCACUGUAUAAUGCUAUUAGAAACUGUAACCAAUAGAAGUAUGUCUUUAGAGGUUCUGAACUUUUUUCUAUACACUGGAUAUGUAUGUACUCACCUGAUUCAUAAUCACUCAGGGCUGAAAGUCAGCUUUUUCUAUCAAGUUAAGUGAAACACACUGAUAUAAUUUUGUUUUGAUGAUUUAAUAUUUAUAAGUAAAGUAGAAUUUCUGAAACAAAAUCCAUCUGAACGUAUCCUUCUUGAGUGAUUUUGUUCAAAAUUAUGUCAUUGGGACAAACAAUCCCUUACAGCAAAACAAGUUUAAAGAGGGAAAAUGGUGCAGCUGGUAUAUUUUGUAAAACAUUUUAAAGAACUUAACCAUGUAUCAACCAUAAAUAACUGUUGAACUAAUGAAACUGUACAGCAUUUCUGCCAUUAAAUAGCUUUUAAAAACA